UGGAUUACCGGAGUAAUGUGGUUUGUUUCGCGCAAAAUGAGCUACCGCAAGAAAUAUUGCAGUGUAUUGAAAGAGAUCAUGAAAUUAUUUUCAGUCAUGGUUCAAUAAACAUGUAAAAUUUGUUGAAGGAUCAAUAAAACAUUCUCAUAUUCGACUAUUAGGCGCGUGGUACACAUUUUCCAAGUUGUGGGCAAGUUUGUAAAACUUCUUUUGUAUGCAAUUUGCUCAUUUAUGUUACUGUGAACUUCUUCUUAACACGCGGCCCUUGGCUUACUGUUAUAAAUUGAUGACCUCUUAUUCUUCAGAAUUCCACAAAGUUUGGCGUUAAGUCUGACGAUGUUCGAAUCAUUAAAACAAUGAAGGCGCCCUUUGGAAUUUGAGAUAAAGUUGCUGUUAGACUGCGUAUUUGCUCAGUAAUCGGUCAGACUAUAUUUAUUCUCCCAAUUAAUCAUCUGAUAGCCGAUUUUUGUUAACUAUCGUCCAAUGUGGUGACCGAAUGAUCUCGCCAUCACUUAAUUAUUGUAAGAUGAAAGAUAAUCAAAUGAUUUUGAAAGUUGGAUGGAAGCAAUGAUAUAUAUCGUUGAUAUAAAUAUUUAGAUAAUGAUUCCUUCAAAUCAUUCCCGUUCUAUAUAUAUAUAUAUCACGUUAACUACAUCAUUCAUUGUUAUAGAAAAGCGGUCAGAGCUAGACUUUAUUCUAUAUUUUGGAGCCACUUUCACAUAAGGGGUGGUUUGCUCGAGUAUUUUUUUUGCAAAUUUAUUAUCUCGCCUUGCUCUAACCAAUUAUGAAUUCAGGUACCAAAUUGGCACCAGUUCUAAAUAUGAAGCGCACAAUACCAUCUGUGUCGCCUUCAGAAAAAGAAGCAUCCAAAAUUAAUUACCACGAAAACAAAGUUGAACAAUCGAAAGCUACCAUCGGCCAUCUUAGACAGCUAGAUGAAGACGAAGUUUUAUUCUCUAAGUCGGAAACAAAACGACUAAGACAAGAACAUGUUGGUCCGAACGUGGCCAUCUUCUUCAAAGAAGAUCCGCUCAUGAUUGUUAGAGGGAAAGGUCAAUACCUAUACGAUGAAAACGAAAACGAAUAUCUAGACUGCAAUUCGAAUGUAAACCACGUAGGCCAUUCGCACCCAUAUGUUGCAGAAGCAGUCUACAAGCAGAUGCUAACUUUAAAUGUAAACAGUCGUUUUUUGAACGACAAACACUCGAUGUAUGCGAAACGGUUGACUUCGAAGUUUCCUGAGAAAUUGAAGUUGUGCUACUUUGCGAAUUCGGGUUCAGAAGCGAUUGAUCUGGCGGUCCAAAUGGCAAGAGCAUACCACAAAGGCGCUCGCCAGAAGGUGCUAUGUCUCGAGAUGGCUUAUCACGGACACUUAGAAACAACGAUGCGCAUCUCGGAUUAUAAGAAGAAAAACGGAAAACUUCCGUAUGGUUUCGCAGAUUUGGGCAAACAGGAUUGGGUGAAAGUGGUGCCCAUGCCUGACCCUGUAAGAGGAAAGUUUGCCCAUAUUAAGGACGAAGCGGAGCAAUGUGAUGCGUAUUUGAAAGAUCUUGCCGAAGUGAUCGAGUCUGAGAAAGAUGAAAAUGGAGUUUGUUCAGUCGCUGCUUUCAUCGCCGAGUCUUUUCCCUCUUGUGCUGGUCAAAUUAUUUUUCCGAAGAAUUACCUCAAAAGAGUUUUUGAACUUUUGCAUAAAGAGGACAUUCUGUGUAUUGCAGAUGAAGUUCAAACUGGUUUUGGGCGAAUUGGAACCCAUUUUUGGGCUUUUGAAAUGCACGAAGUCGUACCGGAUAUGGUCUCGGUUGGAAAGCCGAUUGCUAACGGGUACCCUUUGAGUGCUCUUGUUGUAACGAGUGAAGUUGCAACUGCAUUCUGUGCCGGAAAGAGAACGUAUUUCAACACGUUUGGAGGUGCACCCGUCUCAAUGGCUGCUGGCUUAGCGGUACUUGAUGUUAUUGAAAACGAAAAGCUACAGCAACAUGCUUUAGAAGUGGGGACAUAUUUGAAAGGAAAGUUGGAAGAGUUGAAGUCCAAGCAUUGGAUGAUUGCUGAUGUUAGAGGUCAAGGACUAUUUGUAGGCUUUGAACUCAUUCGGAAUAAAGAUACGCUUGAACCAGGGACUGAAGAAGCGGAUGAGUUGCAAAUGCGAAUGAUGAAAGAAGAACGCGUGUUGAUCAAUCUUGACGGCAAGUUCAAUAGUGUGAUCAAGUUCAAGCCGCCGAUGUGUUUCUCGAAGAAAGAUGCAGACACGGUUUACAAAGCGGCAGAUAGGAUUCUGGGCGAGAUUGAAGCGAGUCUGGAAUCGAAUGAGGAACAUGCGAAAGAGCGAGGCAACAGUUCUUGAGUUAUUGAAUUUAUCACACUUGUUAAUCAUACUUUAGUUAGUAAUAUUUUAGAUCUAAUACUAACUAAUAGUGUAUGAUAGCUUGUUAUUUAUACCAAUCGAGGGUUCGAAUUUUUAGUAUAGUUAGAAAUUGUAUAGAUCUUGUCCGUAUCUGGUGCUCUAUUUAGACUCACAAUCUUUAUUCUGUUCGAAAAGCCUGGUGCUAAACUGAUGUUAUGAAUAUUGAGUACUUACUAGUAGGAUACAAUACGGUAGAUUAAUAUGUCUGAUCUGGUAUCAGCCAGCAAUAGAUUAUAUAAUCUGUUCACACUGCGACCAGCUGUUUGCAAAAAUAAUCUAGUUCUCAAAAUGUUACUGCUUCAGCACUAACUUGGAAACCAAUUAAUAUAUUAGUUUUGAA